CACUGGAGGCAAGACCCAGAUCCUGGGCCAAGAUCUGGCUUACAUCCACUCCAUUCCUGAAGAGAAUAUGUGAUUCUUGCUUCCAAAAAGGUGGCAAGCUCCUGAAGACCAUGAAGAUCCUCUCCAGCAGCAAAAAGUUAUGGAAAGAGUCAGUGCUGCUGAGAAACCGCAAAAAACAGUCCAACCUGCGAUUCCGAUGUGUUGUGGAUCCUGUGAAAGUAACUGUGCGAAUGAGCAACCCGCCUGAGUCCAAGAUCUGCUGUGCUCAGGUUGGCCGGAAAAGUAAAGCCUUCUAUUCUGGUGAGUGGUCAAGCCACCAUGAUACAGACGACAAGAAAACCAGCUGGUACAGAAACCAGUCACAACACCAGAAUAGCCCAUGCAGCUCCCACCUGUCUGACACUGAAACGCCCCAACCAGCUUGUCCUGCUGGAUCUGUUGCCUCCUGGGUACGCUUCAGCUUCAGUUCUCCAGAGCGUGUGGCAGAAAGCAGCUCAGCUCACUAUGGCAUCCAUGCCCGUAACCACCAAAGGGCCACUGGUGAUAAACAGCUCAGCUCUGAGAUUGCGAGAGAAGGCCUUCAAGGGCAGAGGUUCCCACCACAUGGUGUUGGCCUGAAUACAGAAGAACCUGCUCCCUGCCAUUCAGAUCACCCUCAUGAGCGCUUUAACCACCUACCCAGUGUUACCAAUUUCAUCCCAAGUCCAAUCUUACCCGGCCCAAGACGGGUGGUAUACUCCGCUCUGGCUUCAGAUACAAUGUCCAGAACCCAUCUCAACAGUGAGGAAUAUGCCUACCCGCAUUCUCCAAGAGGCCCACAGCACCGUCUUGGGUUAGAGUGGCACCAGCAUUUGCCAGUGGCCCAGCAAGCCGAGGUGUACGUUUACCUGAUCAGCCCACCUACUCCUAGCCCAGAGCACAACACUGAGCAGCCCAACCAUCCCUUCUCAACACCUCGGACCACCUCUGGGAAGGAAACGUUAGCCCACCAGCUCUCUCUCAGCCAGAGCAGGGGCAGUUCCAGCCAAAACCAUGCCAUCCAGGGAACCAGUGACCCCCACAAGCAACGCAAGAGCAUCUGGGAGAGGAAACACCAGAGAAGAUCCCUGCAGCCCAAUUCAGAGUAUGAGAAGCUGGCAGCAGGCCACGGCAGCACCAACGUGGACCAUCAAGAACCAUUCUCUCAUAAUCCAUCUCUCUUGGCAGAUAGAGGGAGGGCCGGGCUUGAUGUUGCAUCACCUAUCAUUGCUAGCUAAUCAUGCCCAGUUAUGAGGGUCAGAGAGCCCAACUAAGCUUAAUAUGGUGAAACAGGCAACAGGCAUGGGAAAAAACAGCACCUCCUGCUCUCUUCACUAGCAAUUUUAGGGCAUCCUUGGGUCAGUUGAAAUAAAAGCAAGGCACACGCAUUUUUGUCUGGAGAUAUUUAAGGGGCUACAAACCUGGGGGUGACAGGAUAAAAGGACAACUGUUUGGCAUCCCAUACAUUCAUAAAGAGCUAACCCGAACUAUACAUCUGCA